UCUCGACCCUUGGUCCUUCUGUCCCCCACCCCAGUUCACCAUGGGGACAUGGAAAUUCACCCUCCCUCAGCUGGGGGCCUGGUGACUACAUUCGGCCCCACCAGGGGAGCUGGGGGAAUGUGUCUCCUUUCCCAAUCCGGGAAGUCCUUCCUGGUAUCUGGCUGCAAGCCCUCUUGCUGCUGAAUGGGAGCCCCAGUUGUGCCGGGUCCCUAACCCUGGCGGCUGAUUUGAAUCCACCCUGGGGCCCCCCUCCCUGGUUAACGAGAGGAGGCAGGUGGGUGGCACCCCACUCUUGCAUCCUCCCCCCUCACCCACCCGUCUGGUCCCUCCCCUGCAGCCUGCUGUCCCCCUGUGCGUCUCUAAGCACGGGCGUGCCUGGCCGCCCUGUGUGGGUGUUUGCAGUUAGACACCCUCCCUCCUGCCCACCACUCCCCGCUUCCCCAGGCCUCAGCCGCUGGCCAGCCCCCUCCCCGCCCCCCUCCGGUCCCUUGCUGCCUCCUGGGCAGGCAGCCUCUCUUCCUCCUGGCAAAGCGUCCAGCUCCUGCCUGCCCCUCCCUGGGUCCAGGGCGCCUCCGGCAGGCGCUUCCCUCGCGCCCGCCCUCCAGUGGUGCGGUGGCCUCGAACACCUCCUCCCCUCUCCUGCUUGCGUCCCCUUUCGCCCAGUCCCUGCCCUGGAAUCUGCAAACAUGAGGGGCUUGGCCUGCCUCCUUGUGGCUCUGAUGGGGAUCCAGGCUGUUGAACGGCUGCGUCUGACUGACGGCCCCCACGGGUGUGCCGGCCGGCUGGAGGUGUGGCACGGCGGGCGCUGGGGCACCGUGUGCGACGACGGCUGGGACCUGCGGGACGCGGCCGUGGCCUGCCGGGAGCUGGGCUGCGGGGGCGCGCUGGCCGCGCCUGGGGGCGCCUUCUUCGGGGAGGGGGUGGGGCCUGUGUGGCUGACCGAGCUGGCCUGCCGGGGCGGCGAGGGGCGGCUGAACCUCUGCCCCCACCGCGGCUGGAAGGCUCACAUCUGCUCCCACGAGGAGGACGCUGGCGUCGUGUGCGCAGCUCAGCGUGUGGCCGGUUCCAGGGACAGGGAACCCCCUUCAGUCCUGGAUGGGGACCCCUGGCCGGGGCUCACUGGGGAGCUGAGUGCCAGCUCUGAGGAGCCCCCAGCCAUGCACGCCACUCGCCCCCAGAAUGGCUCCCGGAAGAAGAGCCCCCGGCCGCCCAAGCAGCCAAAGUCCACCCGGGGCCCCAUACUAACAGCUGGAGCCGCCCGCCAGGAGCGGCUACGCCUGGUCUCGGGCCCCCACGGCUGCGCAGGCCGGCUGGAGGUGUGGCACGGCGGGCGCUGGGGCACCGUGUGUGACGAUGGCUGGGACCUGCGGGAUGCGGCCGUGGCCUGCCGGGAGCUGGGCUGUGGGGGUGCGCUGGCUGCCCCCGGAGGGGCCAGAUUUGGGCCAGGCUCGGGGCCUGUGUGGAUGGAUGACGUGGGGUGUGGCGGCGGAGAGCAAGCCCUGCGGGACUGUCCCCGAAGUCCCUGGGGCCGGAGCAACUGUGACCACAGUGAGGAUGCCGGGCUGGUUUGCACAGGCCUGGCCCCCCGGCUGCGCCUGGCUGAUGGCCCCCACGGGUGUGCCGGCCGGCUGGAGGUGUGGCACGGCGGGCGCUGGGGCUCCGUGUGUGACGAUGGCUGGGACCUGCGGGAUGCGACCGUGGCCUGCCGGGAGCUGGGCUGUGGGGGCGCACUGGCUGCCCCUGGGGGCGCCUUCUUUGGGGAGGGGGCCGGACCCAUCCUCCUGGAUGACCUUCGCUGUCGGGGAAACGAGACCACCUUGCGAUUCUGCCCCUCACGGCACUGGGGCCAGCACGACUGUCACCACCGGGAGGACGCUGGUGCUGUGUGUGACGGCAUGCCCCUCGGGUAUGUCCCUCCCACGGCCCCAGCGGUGGACAGUGACAGCUCCCUGCCCAGGGAGGCAUCAUCCCAGGCCGCGGCCCCCACGGCAAGCCCGACCCCGCAGACCGCAGACGGCUCACUUCCCCCCACCUCCCCUGUGGCCCCUCGGGAGCUGGGACCAGAAGUGGGGGCCCCCCAGCUGCGCCUGGUGGCCGGGCCCAGCAGGUGCUCAGGCCGGCUGGAGGUAUGGCAUGGCGGGCGCUGGGGGACGGUGUGUGACGACAACUGGGACUUGCGGGACUCGGCCGUGGUCUGCCGGGAGCUGGGCUGCGGGGCACCUCAGCAGCCAGACCCUGUGGCUGGCCGCUUCGGCUGGGGCGCUGGCCCUAUCUGGCUGGACGACGUGGGGUGCAUGGGGUCUGAGGCUUCGCUCUCCGACUGCCCUGCUGCUCCCUGGGGGAAACACAACUGUGCUCACAAUGAGGACGUUGGCAUCACCUGCACUGGGACCCCCGGCCUGGACCCCAUCUCAGACCCCUUCAGUUGGAGCUGGACCCCUGGCCUGGGUAGAAGUCCUGCUGCCUGGCUCCCAGGGGAGCUGGCCACCAAGCCCUCUGAAAGGCUGACCCCCGGUGUUUCCGGGAAAACCACUACCAAGGCCCCAGGGAAAACGCCCAAGACAGCCAGGAAGUGGGUGACCAAAACCGCUAAGAAGCCGGCCACUCAGUCCCCAGCGACACCCACCACCAAACACUCCAGGGGCCCAGGCACCCAGAGUCCCCUGAGACCGACCUCAAGGACCACCACAGCCCUGACCACGGAGGCCCCCCACAGGCCGACAUUACACUCCACAGCAACUCGGACUCCACGGGCCCCCCGAGAACAGACCUCUAAGACUGUGGCCACCCUGACCACCCUAGGCCCCCGAGAAAUGACCUCUGAGGCCACCAUGAAGCAAAUCCCUCUGGCCUCCACAGAGCCCUCUGAGAUCCCAGCAGAAGGCUCUCCAGAGCCUGACAGUGACCUGACCCCUUCCCCCAAUGGGAGCACCGCUGGGGGACCAGGCCCAUUCCGGGUUCGUCUGGCUGAUGGGCCCAACCGGUGUGCUGGCCGGCUGGAAGUGUGGUAUGCUGGACGCUGGGGGACAGUGUGUGAUGACAACUGGGACCUGCGAGAUGGCACCGUGACUUGCUGGGAGCUGGGCUGUGGAAAGGUCCGGCCUCGUGUGGGAAAGACCCACUACGGCCCUGGGGCUGGGCCCAUCUGGCUCGAUGACGUGAACUGCAAGGGGAGUGAGGCCUCCCUGAGCGACUGCCCUGCCAGGGCGUGGGGGCAGCACAAUUGUGACCACGAAGAGGAUGUGGGGCUCACCUGCACAGGCCUUGCCGAUGAGGAGGAUUACCCGCCCUGGACCUGGGACCCCACCUCGGGAGAGGACCUGGCCAAGGGGACCACAGCUGCAGGGAUGCCUGGACACAUGCUCUCCUGGGGCACCACCAAGAGCCCAGGGCCCCCCUCCCCAGCACCACGGCACCUUCCUGGCACAGGUGAUGAGGACGGCCAGGAGCCUCCCUGGACAUCAGACACGUCUUCCAGAGGGACCCUGACCCAGAGGACCCCCGCCGCAGGCAUACCUGGACCCACUCUUACCACUGGCAGCACCAGGAGCCCAGGCCAUCCCUCGCCAGUUCCAAGGGUCCGCGGGGACACAGGUUCCGCCCGGAGGCAGUGGCCGGAGCGCAGGCCGCGGCCCACAGCUGUCAUGACGGCACCCCACUCCCGGGCCCCAGCGCCCUCCGCCUCGCCGGCGCGUCCGGAACCUCCGCUGACCUCCGACUCCGCGCCGCGGCUGGUGCCCGACGCAGCUUCGACGCGGGAGGUGACCUCCGGCCCUCCUGACACUCUGCCGCCCAGCCCGGCCCAGGCCUUCUGGGUGAACUCUGACCUCACCUCCGCGACCCCCGGCCCCACGCUGACCACCUCUGACGCAGCCCCGGUUCCCGCGCUGACCUCUGGGCUCUCGCCCACCCCGCCCCCGACCGUGCCCAAAGAACUGACCUCUGAACCUUCUCCCGCCACAACCCCUCACCCCACCACGACCCCUCACCCAGCCACGACUCCUCACCCCAUGACUCAAGACCCCACCCCAACCCCGAUGACCACUAUCAAGUCCGUUCAGACUUCCUUAGGAACAGAACUUCCCUCUCCCACUCCAGCCCCAACGGUCAAGCCCAGCCUGGACCCCUGGUUGACCUCAUGGGCAGAUGGGGCUGACCCUCAUCUCCCUACAUUCCCAGUGUUGAGCCCAGAGCCCUCUCCAGCCUCGGGGUCCAGCCCCUACGGGCCCUCUCCGGCCCCAGACACAGACACACCACCCACUGAGGACCUAACACCGCCUGGAAGCCAGAGCCCCAAAGUCACCCGUCCACCAACUCAUACCCCACACUCAGCCUCUGAUCCCACUGUGACCCCUGGUCUCCACCUCUCCCCUACGGGCCACCCCUUGGCUCAGCCUCCUCCUGACCACCUCACCAUGGAGCCGACUCCUGGCCAGAGCCCAGGCCUCCUUGGUCCAUGUGUGUCCCCAACGCCACCUGUAAAGGUCAUGGCCUGUGAGCCGCCUGCCUUGGUGGAGCUGGUGGCUGCUGUGAGGGACGUGGGUGGCCAGCUGCAGAGGCUGAUCCAGGCCCUGGAGCAGGACCAGCAGCAGCGCCAAGCCCUGGAACUGGGGCUGGCCAGGCUGGUGGAGGCUGCCCAGGGUCUGGGGCAGCUGGGUGACGUUGUGAAGAGACUGGCCGAGGUGGCCUGGCCCCCCACCACAUCUGCACCAACUACCACCACCCCAGAGGAGGAAGAGAGGCCUCUGAGGGGAGAUGUGUGACCCUAUCUGGGAUUUGAGGGGCUAAGACACUCCCAACCAAAAGAAGACCAUCUUGUAUCUAAUUAAACACAAGAUGUGAAUGACAUUUCUGAGGCCCGGGGAGCGCUGGAGAGAUGGAAUGGCGAGAUGGACCUUGACUUGUGAACACCAGGUACCGUGCGCGGAGGUGAGGGGGAUGAUGUUGGUAACGGGUGGUGGUCAUGCUGGCCAUGGUGAUCAUUACAGUGACAACAGUGAUGGUGGUGAUGGCAGUGAAAGGAUCGUGGUGACGGUGGUGGCUGUGGCGGAGAUGAUCAAGGUGGCAAUGCUGAAGCCCCGUGAGAGCAGAGAUCUUCGUUUUGUUCAUGUGUAUAUGCCCAGCUUUAAAGCGGAGCCUGACACACAGUGCACGCGCCAUGAACCUCUCUCGAAUGAGCAGGUGUGUGAUGAUGAUAAUGACUGAUACUUGCUGUAUCCUUCCUUUGGGCCAGGCUGUGGGAGGGCUUUGCGCAUGUGCCGCCGUCUGAGCUUCAUAAAGCCCUGCUGAGGAGGACUCUUCCCACAGCUCAGCAGACAAGGGGGAAGCUUGGGAGCCCGAAAGCCUAGUUUGAGUCCUCGUGGGCCUGAACCCGAGCCAGUUCCUUACGUUCUUGGUCUGAGAUUUCCCAGCUGUGAAAGAGGGAUCAUAGCACACACCUCAUGGCGUGGCUGUGACAGUUAACGGACACACAAAUACACAGCGAGUGUGCUCAGCACAGGGCCUGGCUCUUGAGAAGUUCCCAGUUCGUGGUAGUUGUUACUGUGCAAUCCCCACUUUACAGACCAGGGCACCGGGUCACUCCGGGGAUGUGCAGCCGGUUGGUAUCCAGGCCUGUCGGACCCAGGGCCCCUGCUCAGGAGAUACUGUGCACCCGUGGAGGACUGUCCUGGGUUCCAGACCGCAUCCUGGCUGGGAGCUCUCGCCAUUCAUUCCCUUCCCUGCUCCUCAGUUUCUUCGCCUGUAUGAGGGGAUGGUAAUAAACCUGCCUCCUGCGGUUGUAUGAGGGUGGGAGGAGGCAGUGUGGGUAAGGGCAGGUGCUCAGCUUACCAGUGUGGUCAUGACCACUCCCAGCUGUGCCCAACACUGCGACACUUCCCGCCCCCCACCACACCAAGGCCCUUCGAAGGAGGGACUGGAUCCCCAUUUCAGAAUGGGCGCUCAGAGAGGGCAAGCCCCUUGCCUAAGGCCACACAGCAGAGUGGGAACUCAGACUCAGAACAACACAGUGCACAUUCCCUGCUUCCACGCUGGCCUGGCUCCAGGUUAGGACUUAAUGCAGGGCCCUCUUUGAGUGACCUUGGGUGGGCCCCCUCCCCAACCCAGGCCUCAGCAUAUAAGCUGGAGGUUGGCUAGGAAGACCCCCAACUCCAAUUCCAACUCCUGCAGCUCAGGCAGGAACCAUUCGCUCCUCCCUCUUUCCCCCGCCUGGAGCCUGGCUCAGAGGUCCUGGAAGGUCAUGAAGCUGGCGCCCCCACAGUCCUAUAAAGGCCAGCAGGGUCCAGUUACUUGCUGGGCUGGGAGAGGUAUAAUGUCUGAGGGUCCUGAUGGAUGGACCGCCCCUGCCAACAGGCGAAGGAGCAGGUGGAGAAGCCGCUGGCCCAGGUCUCAUUAAGUCCCAAGACUUAACUAACCUCUGACUGGUUACCUGGGGAGGGCUGGGGGUGAGGGGCUUCUGCCUGUCUUCCCCUGUCCAUCUUGGGUAGCUAGGACUCAGAGGAUGGCACCCCAACUUGGCAGAAAAAGGCUUCCUUUCCCAUUUCCAGAUGGGCACAGGUGAACCCUAGCUCUGGGUCACCACUGAGGGUUCAGGCUCCAGGCCCCUCUCUGCAAGCCAGGGUUGGGGGUGCCAUUGGGCAUUCUAGCCUGAGGUCUCUCCACCCCCUGUACCUUCUGCCAAUCCUGAAGAAGUGGGUGCUUAAUUAUCUGGUCACUCUAUCCUGCUUGGCUGAGCAGCUAAGCCCGAACAUCUGGCCCCAGGGCCCAGGGCCAGUAUGGGAGGCCAGCCCCCACCUCCUGCUGGCCCUGACCAUGGACACCUCCCACGGGACAGCUGAACCUGAUCCUGGGCCUGCCAGCUUACAACGGGCCCAGAACAGUAGCUGCAGCAGCCUAGCAAGUUUGACUGAUGCAGAGAAAACAUUCGACAAGAUUCAACACCCAUUCACUGCUCACAAACAGACGUGCGUGCACGCUCCUAGCAAAGAGGCGGCAGAGGGCAUUCCUCAGUCAGACAGCCGGUGGUGAAGACACAGAGCCGUCAUUUCCCAGGGGUGGCAUGGCUGUCCACAUAGAAAACCCCAGACAAUCAAGUGGACAAAUGGUUACCAUCCAUACACAUUUAGCUAGGACGUAGGAUCAAUCCUCUAAAAUUGUGUUCCUUGCACCUCAAAGUGUGACCUGUGGACAAGAAGCACAGGCCUCCCCCGGGAGCUGGUUAGACAAGCUGGGUUUGGGCACCACCUUGGGCCCAUUGGAUUAGAGCCUUAUGUUAAUUUUAACAAGAUGGGUGAUUCCUGGCUGCCCUGGAGUCUGAGAGGCCAUGCUCGGGUUGCGUGCGUAUCUAUCUGUCCUCUAGUCCCAAGCGGCAAACGAGCAACUGCAGAAGGCCAGCCCCCUGCAGCGCUGACAGCUCUCCCACAGGCAGGUGGAGAGGACCCUGGCUCUGUGGCCAGCUGGGCUCUCAGCAGAGCCACCUUCCUCGGGACCGCUGCGUUUGUGUUUUGUAAGUGAAGUCGAUGGGAUAGCAGAGCAUGCGAUGGACGCUUGGAGCCUGGGCUCGGGCGAAGUGUGGCUUCCCCGUGCAUUCUGGCGGCCCAGCACCCGGCUUUCCACCCUCAGGCAGGCACCAUGAACCCCACCCCUCUGAGGCUCGAGUAUCUCAGAGCCAAGAGAGCCUGACAUCCACAGAGGGAGAAAGGGGGAGUGAGGGAGAGGGAAAGUGUUUGAAAAAAAAAACAAGAAACCUCACAUUUCAUUUGCACUGACAUCACAUCCACAAAUAUUGCAACAUUCUGCUUGCAAGCUCAGGGUUCCUCAGCUGGGGGGGGGCCAAGAACUCCUUGGCCAUCACCGGCCCAGGUACACUUCACGAGGUGCUGGGUGGGGGUUAAGAACAGACUCUGGAAUCAGGCCAGAGUGGGGUUCAGUCCCAACUCUGCCGCCUUUUGACUCUAGGGUCUUUAGAAAGUGGCUUUUCUGUCAGGGCCCUGAUGGUCUCUUCUGUAAAGUGGAGACAGGAGUAGUGAGUGGGCCCUGGGUUUAGGGGCUGGAUUCCUGAUGACUAGUCCUGAAUUCAGAGCUAUUUGGAGGGCGGGAGUUUUCUUUUCUUUUUAAUGGGAAUUCAGGGCUCAGAGGCGGAGAGGAACCUGACCGCAGGCACAGCACGGGAGCUUUAGAAACUCUGUGUUUAAAAAAAAUAAUCAGCCUCACUGAGAUGAACUCUCUAUGUCGUAAAAUCCAGCCUUUUUCCGUGUACGAUUCAUUGGUUUUUGAAAGGUUCAGAGAAUUGCGGAACACUCACCACAAACUCAUUAGAACGUUUCCACCACCAUGGAAAAGAGAGGCCGUGCCCAUUAGCAGUCGCCCCCCGUUUCCCGCAGGACCCACCCCUGGCAGCCACUAAUCUUUCCGUCUCUGUGGAUCUGCCAGUCUGGACAUCUUCAAAAUGGAAGUUACAGUGGAUCUUGUUCUGACGGGCUUCCACCCUGUGCAUGAUGUCGAGGUUCCCCAACGCGGUCCGUGUCAGAUUCCUUCCUUUCUGCGGCUGUGUCCAGGCUGCAUUUCUUAUGUCCCCUUGCCUGUCGGGGGGCCGUUGGGUGGUUUCCAUUUCUUGGCUUCUGUGAGUAGCAGUGCCACAGAUGUCCGUGUGCACACCUGUUGUUGUGUCCUGUGGGUGUGUACCUAGGAGUGGACUUGCUGGGCCACGUGCUAAUUCCAUGCUCAGUCAGCACUUGAAGGAGCUUCCAGACUGUCUUGUGCAGCCGCCGUUUACAUCCCGCAGCACUGUGGGAGGGUCCCCGCUUCUCCACAGCCUCGCCAACGCGUGCCGUCGGCUGCUUUCGUGGCAUUCGGAGGGUCCUAGGUGUUUGCAGCCUCCUGCCUCUGUGUUCACCGUGAGGUGCCCUAGCCUGCCUCCUGCAGGGGUGGCCACCCACCAGUGCACACUCACGCCCCUGCCCACACGUCCAGCCCCGCUCGGGGCCCCUCACCGUGAUGGCAAGAGGAUGCACCCCCUCUGCCCCCCGCCCUGAGUUUAGGAGCUCGGAUCCUGGACAGGAGCCCACCCAGUUUGGAAUCUGGACUCUGCCCCCCUACCUGCCCUGUGAGCUGCUUUGGGCACAAUGCCCACUCGUGAGAUCCAGAGGACCUUCUGGAAUGAGCAGGUGCUGUCUGCCUGUCGCUUCCUUAGCAUUAAAUAUUGCAAUUAUAUUAAGAAUUAAGUAGCAAAUACCUGAGUA